AUGGGAGAUGACAUAGGUUGCGUUGGACUUGAUGGAGAUUGGCUAGUUUGUGGGGAUUGUGUUGAAGGUGUUGGAGACGACACAUGUUGUGCUGGAGUUAGUGGAGAUUCGCUAGAUGGUGGAGAUUGGAUAGGAGAUGGGGAUUGUGUAGAAGGUGUUGCAGAUGACACAGGAAUUGGAGAUGAGACUGGUUGCGCUGGGCUUGGCGGAGAUUGUACAGGCGAUGAAGAUUGUGUUGAAGGUGUGGGAGAUGAUGUAGGUGGUGCUGGGCUUGGUGUAGAUUCUUCAGAUGGUAGGGAUUGGGCGGACGAUGGAGAUUGUAUUGAAGUAAUAGGAGAUGAGACAGGUUGUGCUUGGCUUGGUGUAGAUUGGCCAGUUUGUGCGGAUUGGACAGGAGAUGGGGAUUGUGUUGAAGGUGUAGGAGAUAAAACCGGCUGUGCUGGACUUGAUGGAGAUUGGCUAGAUGGUGGGGAUUGGACAGGAGAUGGAGAUUGUAAUAAAGGUGUUGGAGAUGACACAGGUUGCGCUGGACUUGGUGGAGAUUGGCCAGAUGGUGAAGAUUGGACAGGAGAUGGGGAUUGUGUUGAGGGUGUUGGAGAUGACACAGGUUGCGCUGGACUUGUUGGAGAUUGGCUAGAUGGUGAGGAUUGGACAGGAGAUGGGGAUUGUGUAGAAGGUGUUGGAGAUGACAAAGGUUGCACUGGACUUGAUGCAGAUUCGCUAGAUGGUGAGGAUUGGACAGGAGAUGGGGAUUGUGUUGAAGGUGUUGGAGAUGACACAGGUUGCGCUGGACUUGCUGGAGAUUGGCUAGAUGGUGAGGAUUGGACAGGAGAUGGGGAUUGUGUUGAAGAUGUUGGAGAUGACACAGGUUGCGCUGGACUUGGUGGAGAUUCGCUAGAUAGUGGGGAUUGGACAGGAGAUGGGGAUUGUGUAGAAGGUGUUGGAGAUGACACAGGUUGCGCUAGACUUGGUGGAGAUUCGCUAGAUGGUGAGGAUUGGACAGGAGAUGGGGAUUGUGUUGAAGGUGUUGGAGAUGACACAGGUUGCGGUGGACUUGCUGGAGAUUGGCUAGAUGGUGAGGAUUGGACAGGAGAUGGGGAUUGUGUUGAAGGUGUUGGAGAUGACACAGUUUGCGUUGGACUUGGUGGAGAUUGGCUAGAUGGUGGGGAUUGGACAGGAGAUGGGGAUUGGGUUGAAGGUGUUGGAGAUGACACAGGUUCCGCUGGACUUGGUGGAGAUUCGCUAGAUGGUGGGGAUUGGACAGGAGAUGGGGAUUGGGAGAUGGGGAUUGUGUAG